AUGAACAAGCCGGAUGGGAUCCUCGUUUUUCUGCACCAAAAUAGGGGCUUGAUGCAAUUCGGACAUAUCUCAAACUUCGUUGACGACAUUAAGCUGCAUAGGAUUGACUGGAAAAACAGGCUAGAGUUGGAAGCGGUGCUGAAAAGAGUUCAACCUGAUGAAGUUUACCAUCUCGCCAGCAGCAGCAACGUCAAGCAGUCCUACUGGUUUGCGGAAGAUAGUUUGGACAGCAUAUACUUGAACACAUUGAGAAUGUUGGAUGGAAUUCUAAACUGUGUGCAGAAGGACGUGAAGUUUUUUCACCCUUCCAGCGGUGAAAUGUUCGGCUCCGUACUGACGGGAGAAAUAAACGAGGACACCCCGUUCCGACCUUGUUCACCUUACGCUAUAUCAAAGGCUUGCGCUCAUUGGAUAGUCGCAACAUACAGAGAAACGCACGAUUUGUUCGCAUGCAACGGAAUAAUGUUCAACCAUGAAAGUCCUCGCAGAGACAAAACGUUCGUAACAAGGAAGAUCACUGACGCAGUAGCGAAAAUCUUCGUCGGUAAGCAGCAGCUGUUGGAACUGGGAAACUUGGACGCCUUCAAGGACUGGGGACACUCCAGGGACUACACGGAAGCGAUGUGGCGAAUGUUGCAGAGAGGGGAACCUGAUGAUUACGUCAUUGCUACAGGCGAAAGCCACACGGUGAGAGAGUUUGUCCACGAGGCAUUUCGAUUCGCUGGUGUCGACAUCAGGUGAGU